CAUCAACACUAACCCAUCAUCACACAUCAAAAUAACUUCAUAAUUCAGAGAUUCAAAAAAGGUUCAACAUGAGUGCUGCAACAAGAGCUUGGGUAGUAGCAUCAAGCAUAGGAGCAGUAGAGGCAUUAAAAGAUCAACUUGGUGUAUGUAGAUGGAACUAUGCUUUCAGAUCACUUCAUCAACAUGCUAAGAAUAAUAUCAGGUCAUAUACUCAGGCUAUGAAAUUGUCAUCUGCUUCUUCUGCUGCUGUUUCCAAUAAGGUGAAAAGAACUAAGGAAGAAUCUAUGAAGAAAGUUAUGGACUUGAAUUGUUGGGGUCCUAGUACUGCAAGGUUUUAAUAUUGUGGACUUUUAAGUUUUAAUUACUGCUGAUUUAUAAUGUUAUUGCAAUGUAAUAAUGUCAUAAUCCGUUAAUUAAGAAACAUUUUGGCAUUAUGCUGCAAGUUAGUUACUGCCUAUGUAUCUCCUUAUGUAUGUAGUUAAUCCAAAAUUUUGUUCAUGAAAUUUCUAUGAUGACCAUUGACCAAGACAAAAAAGAGAAUUGAGAUCUAGUUUUCAUAUUUUA